CUGUGGCUGGGGGCGUACACCGCCUCCACGUAUCAUUACCGCAGCGGCAGAUGUAGUGGUGGGGUGAUCAUGUGACGCGUGCAUUUCCGACACAACAAUACAACACCGUAUCGUUACAAUCCACGGCCCCACUCCCCACGCCUUUGCUCUCGGUAUGGCGGACGGCGAGAGGUCUCCGCUACUGUCAGACCUAGGAGAUGGCGCGCUCGGCAGCGGGAACGGCGGGGUGUCUCCCGGAGCGGCACCCUACGGUGCGCCCAACAAACCACAAAGCUUCCCGCCGUUCCCCAGUCCAUCCCAGCCCUCCGUGCUCCUAGGGGAGGACCCCCCACCCUACUCCCCGCUCACCUCGCCGGAGAGCGGCAGCGCGCCCGUCAUCAGCUGCCGCGUGUGCCAGAGCCUGAUCUCGGUGGAGGGCAAGAUCCACCAGCAUGUGGUGAAGUGCGGCGUGUGCAACGAGGCCACGCCUAUCAAGAACGCCCCGGCUGGGAAGAAGUAUGUGCGCUGCCCCUGCAACUGCCUCCUCAUCUGCAAAGUCACCUCGCAGCGGAUCGCCUGUCCCCGGCCGUACUGGUUUGUGUUUGUGCGUCUGUUUCCCCCCCCCUUCCACACACACAGCUCCUCUAUUGGUCAGAGGUACCCCCGGAGGCGGAGCUUGUGGUGUUUUCUUUUAUGCUUGCUGUUCUCCAUUGCGAGCGCUGGGCUGAUGGCGGGCACGUGGGUGAAGGCGCAGACCUACCCGGGUAUCUACGCGUCCUGGGUGGCGGUGCUGCUGCUGGCGCUGCUCACGCUGGGCCGGGCAUUCUACUGGGCCUGCAUGAGGGUCAGCCAGCCCCUCCAGAACUACACAUAGGACCGCCUCUCCCCCCCCCACGCCCACCAGCCCAGCCCCGCUCCCCCCUUCCUGUCCCGCCUCCGUAGCCCCGCCCCCAAGGAGGAGGAGGAGGAGCCAGCCGGCGGCGACAGAACCGGAAGGAGGACAGACAGCUUUAAAGAAAGAAAACGAAAAAAAACAAAACCUAUAAAGUCAUAUUUAGUUAAAUCCCGAAUCGUAGAUGAUCUCACCCUUCCUCUAAUAAUUUUUUUUUUUUUUUUUGCGUUUGUGAUUAUUAUUUUUUCAUGCAUUUCUGGAAAGACAAAAGGGCGAGGGAAAGGUGAGCGUCUGAGGGGGACCCCGGCUGCUAUGAGUGGGAGUUUACCCACGGUGAGUCUAGACGUGCGUUCAGAAUAUUGUGCCAGUUGUAGGCUUUUAUUUAUUUAAACAUUUUAAACUCCUUCGGCUGGCUCUCCUCUCCGAGUCUUUCAGUCCAGGGCUAGUCCGGAGUCCAAUCGAACAGCCCGUGAGCUCUGUUAUACAGUCUUAAGAAACGACAUGGCCGACAAUUAUUACUUCGAAUUCCCCAUCACCGUUUCAAUGUUUGGACAUUUUUUCACCGGGCUAUUUGUCGGAUUGCUUUGCGUGGGACGUAAUAACCGAACUCUGAACAUCGAAAUGACUCAAGCGAAAUUUGUGCCAGUAACAAAAAAAGAACCCUGAAAGGAUUAAAAAAAAGAAAAAAAAAAAAGCUUGGGAUAGGUGUUUACUUCUCAGUUUCAAACAAACAUCUGAGGAGAACGUUGCAGGGUGAGGGAGGGCGGGGAGGAGAAAGGUCUAUGCUAGAAGAAAUGGCAAGGUUUCCAGCUAUGCUGUGAUGUUUUCCAGUCGGAUUAGGCCCUGGGGACCCACUUUGUUCUAAAGAAGCUUUAAAGCCUAAACAAGGGGAACACGGUUGUGAGAAGGAUGUGAAGGAACGGUGUCAUGCAUUCGCAUAGAGGAAACGCAUUAACACGGGAAACGAGGCAAACCACGAAUGCACACGAGUACGUCUUGGCACUCACCUGUACGUUUGUUAUUUGGGGGACAUGGGGGGGGAAACGUAGCAUUCCCAGCCGUUAAGGGCAUCUAAAAGGUUAGCUGGGUCUGCUGGUUGUGUCUGUCCCUGCAAAUCCAAAUUAGUAGAACAAGUCGCAUGAUGCGCGGUUGGAGAUGUAACAUCGCCGACAUGCCCAGAGAAAGGGUUGGGGACUCACAGUGGUGCCUCCGCCGUGAAAUUACGUUGAAGCUUCCUGGUUGAAUAGUCCUUUCGAUGCGGAUUACAGAGUCCCCAAAUGCUAAAUUUACCGGGACGGCACCAUUUCUAGUCAAACAUAUUUUGUUGCACUGUCUGAGCAAAUGAAUGCCAAGUGAUGCCACAUGCUGGGGGGGUUCUUCAGCGAGUGUCAUGACUUGUUGCUAAGUUGAGCCCUCCCGUUGCAAUAACUUGUUUUGACCAGAGGUGGUGCUGUUCUGUUGGUAUUUGGUGCUGUGUUGGCUUGCAUUUUAAGUUGCAUUAAUUUGGACAUUUCCGUCCAAAUAUGAUAUAUUGAAUUGCCGGCCUGUCAAAACAUCCCGUAACAAUGUGCUCACCUGAUCCAACUCUGUUAGCAGCUUGUCUGUCUUUCAGAAUGUGCUAGGUUUAAUUUGUAUUUUUUUUUCCAAGGUGUUUAUUUUUGUCUUAAUUGUAUAUAUAUUUGUCGUCGAUGUGAAGUACGUGACUAAGCUAAUUGAGUUGCACUACUGUGCUUUUAACACUAUUCCUGUGACUGUUGGAAGAAAUGUUCUUAUUUAUUGUUUUAAAAGAGGGUUAUUUUUGCAACGCUUCUCUUGUUACAUAUUUAAUAAUUUGAUGACCUACUAACCUAUUAAGCCUCUGGACAACACUAUUCUAUGUCCAAAUCUGAGAGACACACACACACGCACACACACGGUCUAGUCCUAGUUACAUGCAACACAGUGCUGAAUAAUGGCCCACUAACACAUUAUAAUAUACUGGCAUCCAGCACCUUACAGUGAAAACACUGCAUCUACUGAGACAAGUGGGUUGAAUGAAGGUAACGGAGGGAGCCGGACAAUAAAGGCCUUGUUAUUCAUGAAAAUCACGGCCAGGCGAGACGAUUUCAACAAAAUCUCAAGUCCUUAAAUCAUAAUCGAUUUAAAGAAAAAGAAAUCAGCAAAUUUGUUUUCCCUGAUGGCUUUAAUUUAACAGAUGUACCUGUUCAAUCAGCCCUGAGCCUUUAUUCUUUUCCUGAGAUGUCUUGAGCAAGAAAGGUAAUACAUUCAAUUGGGAGAGCCACUCAAAGGAGUGCGAUUGUUCAGGGAAAUCUAAGCAUUUCGUUUCUCCUGAAUAUUCCGCGACUGAAUAGCUGGGGGGGGGGGAAAAAAGUAAUUGUUGAAAUAUUUCCUUCAUCUCAGCAUCAUGUUCUAAUUUUGUGACUAAAUAUUCAUGUUCACAAAUUACCCAGAACCUGGCUGAUACUCCUCAAGAUAUUGUUUACACACAAAUAAAGACAUAUUGUAUGACAA